AUCCUCUUUAUUCAUUUGUUGUUGCUGCUACCUCCUGCUCCAAUCUCUGUUAUUCUCAGCUUCCCCGCCUCUCAUGUUCUCCAUAGAGCUCUGAUAUUGCUGUGGUGCAUCCUAUUGCCCGGCACAGCCUGCAUCUCCCCUUGCUUGUGUUUGCGCGUGGCUGUGGCACAGCUGCAGUAUGGAGGAUGUGGAUGGUCAAGGUGUAGGCAGAGCACAGCAGAUGGCAGGAUCAUGUCCAGUUUCGGGAGUUACCAAUAGAUGGAUCCCUCGGCAAAUCACAGGAAGAAGCCAUUCCUUUGCCAGGGAACUGCUGAAUGGCGAAUAUUCUGAAGAUGAGGAUCCUCCUGACCUAGAGUCUGAGUCUGGGGAUGUCCCCAGUGGGUCAGAAGGUGGUUCAGGCAGCAUCAUUCUGGAGAGCCAGGAUUUGAGGAGCCAGAUAAUCCAGUUGCUGACAGAACUGGAGGAAACACGAGAACUGGCGUUGAAACAUGAAGACAGCUUCUUAGAGAUGCAAGGUAUCUUGGAGGAGGAGCGACUGGCAAGUGCACAGCAAGCAGAGAUCUUCACCAAGCAGAUACAGAGACUGCAGGCCCAGCUCCGAUCUGUACAAGAGGAGGUUGACAGCUUGGAGCAAGAGAAGGAAUGUGAAUUGCUGGAAGUAUCUCAAGAAUUGCGCUGUGCACAAGAGGAGAUUAUGUCACUGAGACAGAGUGCAGAGGAGGCUGCAGCUGAGCGAGAGAGCGACAUUGCAUCCUUGCAGGAGGAACUGUGCCGCCUACGUGCAGAGCUUCAUGAAUUGCAAGAGACACGACAGGAGUAUGAGAUGGAAAUAACCACCCUGAGAGCAGAGAUCAAUAUGAAAAGCUGUACUGGGCAUGUAGGUCAGCCCCCACCCACACUACAUGGAGAAUUGCUGUUCUUGCGAGAUCAGUGCCAACAUCUGCAGAUGGAGCGGAGCAUCCUUCAGGAGAGCAAUAGUAAGAUGAAGAGUCACCUCCUGUUGCUUGGAGAAGAGGUUACAAGGGAUGUGGACACUGAUCCAGAGGAUGUGGUAAAUAAUUUAACACAGGAGCAUGAGAAAGAUAUAGAAGAGCUGACAGAAAACAAAAUUCCUCAAUAUGAACAGGUAGAAUCUACUCCCCUGACUGGUGAUGUGAAUGCAGAAGAGGCUCUGGUCUCUGAGGAGAGUAUACAAAAGCAGAAACUAACUAAAGAGGAAGAAAGGCAGAGGCUGCACAGUCAGCUACUGAGUGCAGAAGAGAAAGUGCAGCUUGCACGGAGUGAGUGUGUAGGGCUCUUGUCUGAGAUUGAGGAGCUGCAGAUGCGUCACAGAUUAAGUCAAGAGGAGCAAGACAAGUUACAGGAGGAGCUAAGACUGUGCAGAGAGGAGAUUCAAAGAUUGAAGGACAGUGGCUUACAGGCCCCCUGUGGAUCUGACCCUCCUGUUCUUUCCCUUCCCCUCCUAGGACUUAUUAUUGUAGUGGGGAUGCUCUGGUGCUGGUGGGCUGAGACGUCCUAGUGCACAUCAGGGCCGGAUUUGAACUCCCUCUCAGAAGAUUCUGCGCAUCGCGUCAAGCUUGAAGAUGGUGCACACGCAUGCACAUCCUGCCAUUUCAAAGAUUGUGCAUGCGCAUGCGCCUCCUGUCACCUUGAUUCCGGAGCACUAGCCAUUCAGCGCUAGUGCUCUGGCAAGAAAAUCAAUUGUGUGGCUGGGCAGCAUGCCACCCCUUAAUUGAUGCCACCCUAGGCCCGGGCCUACGCAGCCUCGCCACAAAUCCGGGCCUGUGUAUUUCAGAAAUAACCAUCUUGUGUUUGACUUGUGGCAUCUAACUAGCUGUCUCUCUAUAUAAAUAUAUCAAUAUUAAUGUCAGAAUUUGUGUAACUUGUGUCUAUCUAGCUGCCUGUUGAUAUAUUUUCAGAAAAAAUAACUUAUUCACAGAUAGUGUGAGAAAGACUGCAGUGCAGUUACACAGGUUGAAUUGAAAAUAAAGAAAAAGAAAAGUGCAGGACAGGAUGCAAAGUACAAAAGCAUACACAAACCACCAUGUUAUUGAAUUUAGUGCCUUGUUAAAAGUGAACAUUGAGCUGACAUAAAGUGGCAGAUUACAGCGUGUAACUGGGAAUAUUUUGAAACAAUUAGUGGCAAAUCUUAAUUGUUUCUUACAUUUGAUUCUCUGCAGAUUUCCAAGAACUGAUAGUACCUGCAAAGGUUCAGUGUUCCACAGUACUCUAGGGACAAAUGUUCUUAUUUUUAAGCUGCAGUUACUGCAGUGUCUCAGUCAGAUGCUCAAGAUGUCACUGUCCUGAUUUAGAGGGUGAGGCAGCCCCUUAGCUCUCUGACUCACUUAGACUGGGACAGCCUGUAUUCCUUGCACAGCUGAAGAUCCCCCAAGAGGGGGACUACAGGGCAGCUGUCUUACUCACUCCCGGUAACCUUUUCACUGCCUUUGGGGCCCACUCUCAUGACGGGUUAAUAUAUCGGCAGUGUUAUACAAUACAGCUGUAUACCCGAAAACUAUUUUGUGUCUCUAAGAUUUCAUUAAAUAUCUUCUGUGUAUAAGUCUUUCAUACCUACCUUAAUUAAAUGUG